CAGUCAGGUUAGUUUGUUUGGUUUGUCCGUUUAGAAUUGGGUUUGUAACCUAUACUCUCCUCAAAUUAGUGAAAUUUGUCCCCCCUGCCCGUGGAUUAGCUAGCACACAUUGUGUUAGUGAACCACGUUAAAUUUGUGUUCGUUCGUGUUGGUUUGGAUUAUCGAAUGUCACGCUUCUGUUGUGACAAGUGGUAUCAGAGCCUGGUCGAUCGGCUGGGCAAUCGGCUAGGGAUUUUGGUAACUGCUGCGGUAUCAGGGGGCAGUCUUCGAUUUGGUUGGCGGAGAAGCCUUUAGUUUUUCUUCCUCCAAAUUUGGUUUGCGGUGGUUCGUGGUCUUUUGUCCCAAUUUGGAUUUGUGCGGGGGUCGAUCUGAGGAAAUUUGAAUUUGGUGUUGGUGCUAAUUGGCGUUGGAAUCUUUGUCGGUUGAUUUGAGUUUGAAGUCACAAGUCACUGUUUGCGUUGGUCGUGUAGCAUCGGAGCGCUCUGCCGCUAUCUGGUUUGGAGUUGGAAGUAAAUCUGAUGUUGGUGUUAUCGAUGGAAAUAACACCAAGUUGAUUAUGCAUGGCAAGUCCCAACAUGGGUUGGACUUGCUGCAUGUUUUGAUUUGUUGAUCGCCCUUAGGGGCAUUUGGAGGCAGGGGAGAUUCUGGUACAACUGAUUUGGAGAAGUUCGGUACGUCUGACAAUUUUGAUUGCAUCUAAGUUUGGCGAUUUGCAUCGCGUUUGGUCUGGCGAUAUGAAUCGCAUUUGGAUAUGUCUGGCAAUCUUGAUUGCGUUUGAGUUUGGCGGUUUCGAUCGCAUUUGGAUACGUCUGGCGAUAUGUAUCGCGUCUGGUACAUCUGGAAACUUUGGUUGCGUCUGGGUACAUUUGGCAACUUUGGUUGCGUUUGGUACAUCUGGUAUUUGACAGAGAAUUCAAGUCAAGGUGGAGAUUGUUAGAAUAUGACUUGAAUUUGAUUUGGGUUUGUUUUGUGUUUUGGGCCUAUUUUGUUUGGGUUUGUGUUUGGGCUUUGUUUGACCUUUUCCUUGUAUGUUUGGGAAAAGGUGUUUGGUUUUCUGUUUGGGAUUAGGAGAAGAGUUCUAUAAAUACUCUUCAUCACCCUAGUCUGUAGUAAGGUCAGUCAGGUUAGUUUGUUUGGUUUGUCCGUUUGGAAUUUGGUUUGUAACCUGUACUCUCCUCAAAUUAGUGAAAUUUGUCCCCCCUGCCCGUGGAUUAGCUAGCACACAUUGUGUUAGUGAACCACAUUAAAUUUGUGUUCGUUUGUGUUGGUUUGGAUUAUCGAUUGCGACGCUUCUGUGAGCUUCUGAACUAGCACACAUCAUAGAGUAGCAGACCUUUCAAGAUUUACUAGAAUCAAUACCUACGUCGGCUACGCAACGUCGUAGGAACUAAAGCUGCACUUGCAUGAUUGUAUGGUGGUUAAUUAAGGUAACGGUAAAUUAAGGGUCAUUAUGUUAUUGGCAACGGUGUGUGUUUAAAAGUUUUGAAAGUGUGUGCAGGAAACAUUUGUAUCCUGAGUUUCAUAAUUAAUCAACAUAGGAAUAGCCCGCGAGACAACGACAGGUGAGGCUAGAGCUAUAGAAAUUUAAGACCGCCAAAGUGUUGUGUGCCAUCAUAUUCUAAUGAACUCAUGAUUAAGGGCAGAAAAGAUAUAGACAACAUUAAGUAACAAUAUUUCUAUUAUUCUAACGAAUACCUUAAUAAUAAGCAUAAUCUAAGAGUUUCUUACCAAAUCCAAUUUAUUGACAUAAUUCUCUUUAGGAGAUACGAACUAUAGGCUACGUGUAAGAGUUUUCUACCGAAACCUUAUAAAUCUCUACUUAUGUUCAUUUGUCUUCAUUUUCCCCCCAAAUUGAGCAAAAUAAACUUUUAGUUUUACAUCUUCACGUUCAACCUUGGAUUUAUUCGGUUAUUCUUUAUUUGGAUUGUCCUUCCAUCCGCAAGGUUCACCUUCCUACUGAACUCCUUGGCUUGCAUAUAUUCAUAACGAAUAUAAUGAGAAAUGAUAUACAAAAAGCAAGAACCAUAUGUUCCGAAUGAUUCAUACACAAACAGUUGGUGGUUCUUAGUUUGAAAUUGGCUAUCUUCCAUUAAAAGAAAAUGGACCAAUAUAAUUAAAUAAAAAUGGUAGACAAACAUCAAUGACAACACUUCCAAUAAGGGUAUGAGUGACACAUCCUUCUACGUCUGCAGAUUGUGUAUAAAUGAAUACAUGUUAUGGGAAUUAUGCUUGAAGGAAGAAGUACGCAAAGCAAGAAUGAGCGCCUUAAUAGAAGGGGAGUCUGUACUAAGCAUCUCCAAGUAUAAAUGAACUCAAAUAUUCCAUUCAAAUAGAACACCUGCAAACUGAAGCAGGUAAGAGUAUACAAUAUUAAAUCCAGAAUUGACAAUAUUAGAAUUUAAACCCCUAUAUGUAGUCCAAUAAUGACAAAUCAAUCAUAUAUAUAGGCCAAGAAAAUCCCAUUUCACACCAGAAGGGUAAAGAAAACAGAGUUGCAACCUCUAGUUUGGUAAGUUCACUUUCUGAUUCUGCAACAACCUGUGAUUCUAAAAUUAUUUACAAUUCACUAUCUAAUCUUACAAUGGCAAGAUCACACUUCACACUAAGCUAAGUAGAAUCCCCCGUGCCAAAGCUAAAAAGUGCCACCUACAAUAACUUCAUCUGUAAUGAGCCACCACCUGUAAUCCCCAACAGUAUAUCCAUUGACUAUGACUAUCCAAGAUGACACUUCACAUCAAAUCAAGCUUCUACUCCCACCACCUGAUCUGACUGCCAACUGAAAAGGCUUUUCAUGUUGAAUAGGACUGCGUUGUUCAAUGGAGUUGCUCUCCAGCUGCAAUUCUGUAGUUUCUUUUAAAUACCGCUCCAUGAACCAUCUUGUUUCCAGCUGUUUUUCGUAAUCUCCUUGACCCUCUCCAUGCAGGAGACUAUCGAUGGUUGCUUGCUUUGCUUCUCGAGAUCUCUACAAAGUAUGGUAAACCAAUAAUGCUGGGUUUUUACAAUCUCUCAUUAGUUCCUUCUAAAUUAAGCAAGUCAGACGACAAUUUAGGUACAAAGUCAUUUGAGAAUUUGCUAUACCCAUCUCCAAAUACCAGUGACAGAGGACUCCCACCGCCCCUAUUAAACAGAUAAGAGAGUAGAGACUUCAGUAUUUAAGUUCAGACUCCAGUCUUAUAGCAGCAGAAAAGGAAAAGAAAACCUGAGAGAAACAACACAGACCUGGCAAACCUCUAAUCUGUUUAAAUGUACAACAAUAAAAAUCAUUCUCGCAUCAAGUAAUCAUAAAAAAUGUAAGACUUAUUAUAUAACUGAAACUGAACAUGCAAUGUAUGUCUAGAGUCUCAAAAUCAUAACCUUAAAAAAGAAACUACCAAUUUAUUCAAGUUUAGUUCAUAGAACUGAAUGGCUAUAAUUGAAAGGAAUGUUCAAUGAUUUUGGCACUUCAUUCUUGCAAGAUCAACGACACAAUGUAUCAUUACAUAGCAGGACACAAAGAAAUGUCUAAUUUAUUUAGUACUUAGGUUGUUAGAGGAACUCCAAUCUAAUUUGAAGGGGUUAAAUACCUUAUGGAUUGUCAAGGUGUUGUCUCACCCUACAUAACCAUUUCUCCAAGCUUAAGUAUCUUAUUGAAGUCCUUGCUUUCGGAAAUCACCACUGUGGCUACACUGUCCACCCUCAUGUCUGCAGCUAAAGGUUCCAAAAGGAAACAAAGCCCUCAUAUCUAAUCAAAGGAAAUUCACACACAAAAUAGCAAUUUGGAGAUAUGUAAAUCCUCCUACCUUCCCUGCAGCCUCUGCUUCUUUACACGGAUGUGGUUAAUAUCUACCUGCACGGCAGCAUAAGGGCUUUAAUUACUCAUGAAAUCAAAUCAGAAUAGGCAAGAACGAUGCUCGAAAUAAGUACAAUAUUAAAAUAAAUAGCAUCUACCUGAAGAUUUUCAAAGAUUAGUGGAAUGGACUGGAAUAGGCAAGUGGUGAUGGUGUUGGAGAAUCAAGUUUCUCGAAAGUAGUAUAUAGCAGCAAAAACAUGCUUAUACUACCGGUUCCCACCUGUAAAUGCAAAUGAUGGUGAACAUAAUUAGUUUCAUGUGGAAGAUGAAAGGUUAAGUGAUGAGAGGCGAAAUGAACAAAUCCAUGAAACUCAAUUAAUUCAGAAAAGGUUCUAGAAGUUUUAACUAAAGAGAUAUCCUGCAACUCCUCUUGAACCCCAUACCGAGCAGCAAGGAUUGAGAUUUUGUUUAACUGAAACAAACAAUAUAGCAACGUAAGCACACUAAGUCCUCAUAGAAUGUGAAUAUAAAUGAAUCAACGAGUUGGGUCAAGAAAAUCAAUAGAGAAGAAAGCACCUUUCAACCCAUCUAUCAAGAAAAGAAGAUUGACAUUCAAGCCAUUCUUGUGUCCCAUUCUCGUGGAACAGAUUUGAACAGGUCUCCUCCCUCUUUUUCGUGUCUCCCUGUCCGCCCCGCACUAAAGUUCGCCUAUCAACUGAGGCCACAAUUGAGAUCCAAACACGUCAGGCGAGGACACUAAACAGCCACCAAACCAUUGAAAACUCUAGUGGCCUAGAUAUGGAGAAAAGAGAGGAACAAAAUUCCAGGCAAGCAAAAUGGAAAUCGAUUGUAUAAGUGAAAACCAUACCGACCGUUGCUGAGAUGUAAAAGUCUGACAGCUUCGCCGUCGUCAGCAUUCUUGUCAUCGUUGUGACCUUCCGCGUCGGAGCUGCUGCUGAUGGACCUCGACCAGAGAGAGUGGAAAGAAUCGACAAAAAUCAACUAUUUUGUUUGGCUCCUCUCUGCGAGCGAUAUUUCGUCAAUCACCUACAGAAAAAUCAAUGAUCCUUGCAUCUGGUCCUCCCUGGGAGGUUUCUCACUAUCGCUGCCACUGAUUUUUUCCCAACGGCAUGAGUCAAAGAGAGAGGAAGAACCGAAAAGAUUGGAAUAUGGAUGAGAGUGGGAAAGCAAGGAGACGGGAAAAAGGACAGAUGCGAUGGAGAGAUUAUUUUGCGGAAGAAAAGCAGCAGCGGGCCAAAGGGGUUGUAAAUGUAACGCACAAAAGGGGCAAAAACUUCUUUCAAAAGCAUGAAAACCAGAGAGGACAACUCUUCACCCAAUGCACAGUGGAGUUGUGCUGAAUCAGUACAAUCAAUGGCUGGUGCCGUGUCCAAGCAGCUGUGACGAAUGUGAAGGUGGUGUGUCCAAAGAGCUCUCUGCAAAAGCAGCAAGGGCGGUGACGUGCAAGACCAUAUUCAGAGAGGAGGCAAUUGGAAGAAGGACAGUGAAGUUGACAAAAGAUCAGGGGGAAGGUAUGGUCGCCUAGUGCAACAGCCGAUAACUUCUGGUGGGUCGGAGCGGUCACAAAAUGUCAGGUUUGAAAGAAGAUCUCCAGGAAAAGGUUUUAGGUUUCAACUCACUAAAGGCCAAGAAUUGAAACAGUAGCAAGAAACUUUUGCAAAAAGCGUACCCACUAAUUAUAUGUAAGAAGAAUAUAACCUCACCUUGUUAUUUAACAAGUCACAUUGUUAGUCUAUUGCAGCCGAGUUAUGCAACUCCAAUACCGUCUCAACUAAGGUCAAAUGAAAAUGUACCAAUUAAGGACACUUUGUAUGGCAAAGUGUAAGGAGACUGAAAUGUGGAAUGGAUACAAACACCUAUUGAUAUUAGAAACCAUGCAUUCAACAGUACCAUUUAAAUUAUUUUCUUGUUCUCUGGUUUUGGUCUCAACUUUAAAAUUCAUCGAUUAUAUCCUGGGUUUAUUGAUUGUCUAUCGCGGUUACAACCCAACCACUGUUAUCCUCAUUUAACAAACCAUUACAAGUUUCAGAAAUAGAUUUUCAAGCUUUGCUUCCUUCACAUAUGAAAUAGAUCCAAUCUGAUAACGAUAUAUAUGGACUCAUUCAACAGUGCGAGGCUUGUGCAUCAGAGGGACCCAAGAGCCGAACAAGUUAAACCAUAUGAAAGCAUAUCAUCAAAUAAUCAGAGAAUAAAAUAUGACGUUUUGGAAAAUUAAGAAACUUAUGCUGUAACUGCAUAAGAUUGUGAAAUGAAAAAAGAUAGGAUGAUAGCUAGCUAGAGACUGGAGGAGAGAUUAAAAUGUGCACCUUGACGAAGCAGUUGGUGAAUGAUGAACAUCCUUCCCUUUAGUACCAUUAUUAUUCGUAAACGAUCCAUCUUGAAAAAUGUGUGUUUGCAUUGGUAUAAAAGGUGCAAGCUAGCCGAGAAAGCAUUUCUGGUAUAGUUGGCAAAUAAGCCUUCGAAUGCAAUUAACUAAUGUAACCGGGAUAGGUUGUUCUUGUUGGUGACCUUCUUCUUCUUGGUCUCCUUGUUCUUCCAAGUACAACUGCCAGUGUUGAAUCAUUCUAAAUGAGAUGUCAAGAUCUUCCUCUUCUUCUUCCUUGUAGCAACCUUUGUCUUGAAUCACUGAAAAUUUGAUGUGUCAAUAUGUGGGAUAUGGGAAAUGUCGCGCCAGUAUUCAGCCCUUCUACUUUUGUAUCUUGUAGACAGAUGAUCACAACAAUACACUUGCAGAGAUUCCAACUCAGUAAGCUUCAUGAACCAAUCUGGUAAGCAACUGAGGUUGCCACAAGCAUUUAACUCCAAUGCCUUCAAAUAUUGAAAAAUGGUGAAUCAAUUGCGGUAGAUGCACCAACUCAGGAAGCCCUCUCAGAGUUAAGGAAUGGAGGCUUGGAAGUACGCGUUCAACAUAACCAUCCUCCAAUUUCAUUUCAGGACAACCAAAAAUCUCAAGCUCUGAAGGGAAGUCAAAUAUUGAAUGGCUGGAGAUAGGGUUGACAAGUUGGGACAACCCCGUACAGUCAGGUAUUCAAGUGAAGUGAGAUGUGGGAGUAACCCUUGUGGCAUAACCUUUAGGUCUUUUAUGUACUGAAGUGUGAAAGAUCUGAAUGGGGAAUGUGUAGCUAGGGAUGAAGGAGCAGAUGGAGGAAGAGAGGCAGCAAACUCACUCAACAGUUCACUGCUCACCUCCGAUAGUUCAACACGUUCAACAUACGCUGAAAAAUGAGGAAUUGGCACCAUCUUUAGACACCUAUUAAACUCCAUAUGGGAAAGAUGAGGAGGGAAUUGUGGCAACUCUGCAUUCGUGGUGGACCAGUCUAUAAGGUUGGGGCAACCCUUGAUCCAUAGACAUUUGAGGGAGGGGAGAAAUAGGGUCUCGCACCGUAUAUACUCCAAGUUGUUUAAAUCGUCCAAUAUUACUUCUUCAACAGAAACAAAAGGAUCAAAAAAGA